AUGUCCGAUCUCUCAGGCGUCUUUCACCGAUUCUUCCAAGAAGCAAAAAAUCUCGUCGCCAUUCACCUAGGCUUUCCUCAAAAACACCCAUUAAACCUAACUCCCGACGCCAUCUUCCACGGGAUACGCUGGAAAACUCUUCGAACGCUAAGUCUGCAAGGCUGGCGUCUCUCCGCCAAUGAAAUAAUCUCCCUCGCCCACCGACACCACCACGAACUACGCGAGCUCCGCCUCGUAGGCGUUUACCUCCGCGCGGGAAGUAGAUGGAGCACAGUGCUGUCGAUGCUUCGCUCCGAGAUGGAUCGUUUGGACUGCUUGGAAUUACGGGGGAUAAACUACGAUGCCUAUUUGGAAGACCUGGCGACAUCCGCCGGCGUUGAAGUCUUUGAUCCUGCCCCGCUGCUUCCAUCGCCUCCGUCUUCACUUUCUGUCGUUGCGGCCGGUACCUCGCCCCCUGACAACCCGCCCCUGCUUCGUGGCGACCGGAUGCUGGAUCGAUCUGCGAUGUCGGAGAAAGUGAAAGGUCUUUCUGCGGAUGAGUUGGGCGACGAUGGGGUUCGUGUGAGGCGAGGCCAAGAACGGCUUUGGGAGGCUUGGGCUCUUUCUCCGCCACAGUCUGCUCGAAAUGGAAUUGCAUAUGGGUAUGGGAACGGAAAUGCGAAUGGAAAUGGCAAUGGGAUUAAGAUUGGGUUGCGUUAG